GGCGGGGGGACUAUAUCAUCAUGCAGAAAAUCGGAGGUCCGAGUAGGGGACUUAGGUCUUUUGGGGUAUGUGUGGGCGAGAGGGUCACGUCUGUACAGAGGAGACCCGUGGGACAGAGUGUCUUAGUAACUAGGAGUUUCGGCGGAUAGUGUUGUUAAGAGGAAGCGGGGCGAGGGGCACUGCACGUACGUAUGGGUGAGACCCGAGCCACCUUACCCCAGAGAAAUGAGGGGACUUAGCUUUACAGGUGGAAACGAGGUAGACUCAAAGGUUGGUAAGGCAUGCAUCAGUUGAGUAGGGAGAGACCUAGGAAAUGUGGGAACACAUUCAGAUGACAUGGGAGGGAGUGGUAUGACAAACAUGGGGACAAGGGUACUGUGGAGGGGCAGCCCCCGGAGGUUAAAGAAUUGUGGAAAUAGGGACUUUAUUGGGCCUAGGAGAGAGGAAAGGGAGUAGUAGGGGAAGGUGCUAAUAAAGGGGGUUUGGUUUGUGAGUGAUGGGGGCAAGGAUGGGGCUAGGGCUGAAAGAUCUGGAAAGGGCUGCAGAGAACUGGAAACUAAGAAGGGAAGGCAUAAGGGUGUGUGUGUGUCUUGGGGGAGAAUAGAGAGGAGAGGGUUGAGCAUGUUGAGGAUGUACGUAGCUUCAGGUGCUGGAAGAUAAAAGCAGGAAGGCCAAGUUGGCUGGCAUGGUAGAGGUUGCAGAAAAUGUGAAAAGAAAAAGCAGUUGGCCCUGUCUUCAUCAGUGGCUGGAGACUCGGCCAGAGCGGCAAGAGUGCCCAGUGUGUAAAGCUGGGAUCAGCAGAGAGAAGGUUGUACCCCUUUAUGGGCGAGGGAGCCAGAAGCCCCAGGACCCCAGAUUGAAAACUCCGCCCCGUCCCCAGGGCCAGCGACCAGCUCCAGAGAGCAGAGGGGGAUUCCAGCCAUUUGGUGAUACCGGGGGCUUUCACUUCUCAUUUGGUGUUGGUGCUUUUCCCUUUGGCUUUUUCACCACCGUCUUCAAUACUCAUGAGCCAUUCCGGCGGGGUACAGGUGUGGAUCUGGGACAGGGUCACCCGGCCUCCAGCUGGCAGGACUCUCUCUUCCUGUUUCUCGCCAUCUUCUUCUUCUUCUGGCUGCUCAGUAUUUGAGCUGAGUCCCCUUCCUGCCCACAUCCAGCCAGUGGAGAAUCAGUAUUGGGGGUCCCUGCUUGACCCUUCCUUACUCCUGGAUCCUCCCCGCUAACCCCUCCAUUUCUGUGGUUAAGGUCAACCCUGGUCAUCUUCCAGGAGUGUGUGGGGAGGUGAAGUGACAUCUGUGCAUAGACUAGGAGAACCUUCUGCUCUGCGCUGCUCACUUAGUCUCAGAAUUCCCCGCUCUGGGAGAGGAGAACAGACUGAAGACAGUGUUUGUUUCUCUUCUCUCGUGAUCCUUUGCAUUUCCCCAGAUUUCUUGAUUUGAUGUUGAAAGGUGGGCAAGCCUUCCUCUGACUCUCCCUGACUUGCCCCUUGCUAAUUUAAUUUAAUUGUUCUCUCCCCAGUGUCUAAUAUGUGUUCUGACUCUUAAGUGCUUCCUUUCCUUCACUACAUCCUUUAUUACAAAUUCAAUAAACAAGGUGAGAUGUAUUGAUGGGAA